AUUAGAAAAACAUUCAAAAGCCACAAGCUCCUCCAGUCCUCCUCCUCUCCCUUCAUUGCAUUUCCUUCAACUGCAAACAUCCGAAAGAAUCAAGCAUCUUAAAACCCUCAAUAAUGUCAUCUUCUCUCUCAAUCCCAACGCACCUCUCUUUCUAUAAAACCCUCUCAUCCCAAAACCCCCUCUUCUUUCGAAAACCCUUGAGCCUCACUCUCCCUCGCAAAACCUCAAUAAUUCGAAUGGGUGGAGGCCCAAGAACAUACCCAGGAGGAGUCUCCAAGUGGCAGUGGAAACGAAUGCAAAAAAACAAAGCUAAACAACUCCUAAAGGCUAGGCUUUCUCGGGAGAGACAGAUUUACGAAAUGAGAAAAAGGGCAGAGCUCAAAGCUUCUGUUUCUGAAUUAGAGCGUCCUUGGGAAGUUGUUCAGAAAGCACCUAAGUUGUUUUCUGUUGGUGCUGAUGAACAAGUUAAGGUUUUGGCCGACCGCUUUCAGAAACCAGGAGGGUUUGAUUUGUGGAGUGAAAGAGAUGGACCCCAGUUGUUUGAGACCCCUGAUGGGGUUCCCUCCGCCCGGUUUUUCCCUAAAGGUGUUGUACAUAGUGUGAAACCUUAUGGGAAGGUUUCUGCUUCUGGGUUUGGUGAAUUGAGUGGUGAAAUGCCGGAUUCUGAAUUAGAAAGCUAUACUGAAAGCGAAACUGAAGCGGAAAGUGAAUAUGAGAAUGAUGGAAUGUCCGUUAAUGGGAAAUUAAGCAGGGAAGAUGAGGAUGGGUCGGUUUUAGAGAGCGCGUAUGGGGAGAAUCCUGAUGGAAAAUUGGGGAUGGAUAAGAGGAAUGCAAAGAGAAUUAAUGGUAAACACAGGAAGAAGGGGAAUAGGAGGAGAUUUGGGAGUGGUUUUAAUGCAUUUGACUCAGGGCAGGUUGGUUUUGAGAAAGAGAAAAGAGUGGGGGGGAUUUCCAACUUCGAUGCUGGUGGUAAUAAUAGGAGUAAAAAUGGUAGUAGGAUUAGUAAGACUAGAGGUUUGCAGAAUCGGAGAGAUUCAAAUUCUGAAGUUCACGUUAUGAGCUUGCAACGGGAUGGGAGUUAUGGAUUCCAAGUCGAGAAUGAGAAGUUUGAUUCUGAUUCUUGGGAUGUGGAGGCAUUUGAGUUCGAUUCGUUUUAGCUUUAUAUGCCAUCAAUGGGUUGUGAAGAAAUUGGACUGGAUAUAGUGAAUUCCAGUUGCAGUAAUUUUAUAUGCUGUUAAAUUGGGAAACCCUGUUGUAUUAUUGGUCUCUUUGGAGUUUUGACACCAUAUAUGCUCUGUCGUGACAACCAGCGAGGUAUAGCAAUUGGUUUUUGAAGUGGUGGGAUGUCAAUUUAUGGAUGAUGAUCAGGUAUUCAUUGUCACCUUUUUAAUAAUUGAUUGAUGUGUAUAUGUGUCUAAUGUGUUGUGCUCUGGUAUACCGAGUCUUUCACUCUUUGCUGAAAUAACAGAAGGAAGGUGAAGAAUAGUUUAGUAUUUUUCACUUUUUAUGUUUCCAAAUAAACAUGAAUUGAAUGGAACCAUUAUGUA